AUGGUUCUGAUUUUUUUAUUUCUUUUUUUAAUUUCAAUCAAUUCUAAUGUUACUCAGAUGUUUUACCAUCCACAGACACACACACAAUGUAAACCGCACAAAUUACAACGUGACCUCCUCAAAACAAAGUGGCUUUCUAACGUAGAGAUGACUGAGUUUGUGGGGGGAAAAGACCUGCAUUUGACAGGAAGAUGUAAGGCUUUGAAUGGAAAAAAAGUUAGUUGGCUCCAAAUAUUACAUUACUUUACUAAUACCGUGUGCUCAGCUUGGCCUUGGGCAGGUCCUGACUUCUGUAAGAAGGAAUUAGCUUUCGUGUUCACUGUGCUUUGA